AUUAAACCACUUAAGAUGAGGAAAUACAAAAACAGCCACUUAUGAUCGUUUUUAAGCAUUCGUAGUUUAUUUUGCUUGAAUUAUGAAGUUUUAAAAGAUGUUUUGUCCUCAACCGAGGGUUUAUCUAAAUGUCCUGUAAACACAAGUUAAACCCAGCAGUUCACUGAUGAUUACAAUUUUGCCUUCAUAAAUUAGGCAUGUGUAGACUUGUUGACAUUUGACACCUAAACCCAAACGGUUUACUUUUCAUCUUAGAAACAAACUUUUUUUGUGCAGCUGUCUAUUAGGAGUUCUAAGUAUGUAUUCACUGGUCUUUUGUAAUGAUUGCAAAUGAUGAAACUGGACACCUGAAGUGGUUACUUUUAUGACUCUUGUCUCAUUCUCCUCCCUUCACGUUCUCUCCCCAUAACAAAACGUCGCCAAAUUCCUUUACUUUUUGGCUGUCUGCGUUAAAACAUUUUUAAGGAACAAAAUGUUGUAUUGACUAAACAGGCGAAAAACGAUAGACAUUACCCUCUAAAGAACGUAAUGUAAGGAGCAGAAAAGAAAUAUAAAAUUCAUCUCCAUGGAUGAAAAAGAGUGAAAAGGAUAACGAAGACGAGGAGGGCGCGUAACGGGACAGCACUGAGGAAAACGAAGAUUUAAAGUACAGGAAAAUUAUGAAAAUGUAUGAUUUUUGACUUGUUGGACAGCAGGGCAGAAUUUACAAACACAUUCCACCAAAAAAAGGACCUUGAGAAUGGAUGGAGAAAAAGAAAAAGAGCGGGAGAGAGGAGAUGAAAAAGAGAGUGAUGAGACAGAGGAGGAUGCAGAGGGGGCAGCCUUAUCAUGGCAAGAGGGAUACCCUGAUGAUGACCUGGGCUUACCCAUCAUGCACUGGGAGGAUCUGAGUCUCCGUAUUGCUGAACUUGAGAAGCAACAAGAAGAGCGAAGACAGAGGGAAAAGGACUUGGACAGGCUGACAGUAGACUGGCCAGAAAUCAGAGGGCUGAGCAGUCACAGAGAAACCUAUGAGGACAUGGAGGAUGAUUGCAACAGUCGUCUGACUGCUCUGACAACAAGGCUUCAGAGCCAGAUGAAUCUACAGCUUUGCUUCAUCAACAACAGUGAAAGUGAAGAGGAAGAAGAGGAAAUGGAGGCAAAGAACGAGGUGGCAAAACAGUCCAGUAAGAGUGGCAGCAAUCAGAGGUUAGAGAAAGAACGUGGUUCAAGCUCUGCAUCGACUAAGAAAACCAAAUCAAGAGGGUUCAAGAAUGAUGUUAGAGCUGCACUGAGUGUACUCAGACAUAAAUUGAGAUUGGAGCACAAACAGACUAUACCUCCCAGUGAGGCUGUCAGAGAAAGGAAGCACUAUGAACGAAAUGACUUGAAGAAUUUCAGCUUGAAGGAGUUGAAAGCGCUGAGGACCUCACUAAGCAAAGACAUUCAUGACCUCAGUUCAGAGCUGGUGGGUCGACUUCUCACAAGGGACCAGCUGAGAACAGAGCAAGACGCCAUGCUGCUGGAGCCAGAGUUUGUGUUGUCAAAAGGCCAGCUCAGCACUAAUAGAGGAAAGAAGAAAGAGGGAGGGAGGGACAGAUCAUGGAGCAAGAGAUGACCAAGGAGGGUUGGAUUGAGAGAAUGGUCAAAAUAGUUCAAGAAACUGAUGUGAAAGGGAAAUAUUCAGGGCUGAAUGACUAGACAAAGCCGUCACUGCAUCCAGAUCUUCUUCAAUUUGCUCUUCUUGAUAGUCAAAUUAGCUGUAACUGUGUUGGAAUAGAGGCGUUCCUCAGGUUUUAUUUAUACUGAGAUUCUUUGUUUUUUCUAAAAAGGACUUUAUUGCUCUAUACUAAAUAGAUGUUAAACUAGACCACAAGGAGGAGAUCGUUGGAAACUCAAACAAACUUGUUCGUUGGAGAAGACGUGGUUUCAGAAGCACAGAAAUGGGAGGAUGAAACCAGGACGCUCCCUAAGAAUCCGAUUAAGA